GUGAAAACAAUACUCCUGCAGUGCAAAGUGAUACAUAGAAAUGCUUCAUUUCGGUCGAAAAUAUCACGUAUAACCCUUCUAUUGUAGAUACUCGUGUACAUACAGCCAUUGUCAAGUCAUUAUAUAUCUGCGGGGACGUUGUGAUAGCGUCAUUUGAUAUGGAGGACUUGAUAUUCGGUGAAAUCUGUCGGUGCUGUAUGGCAACCAAGCCCCGCAUGAAACCGCUGUUCGACACGAACCUGUUCGCUAUGCUAAACGCCAUAACCGGCCUAAAUGUGCAGGAAAACGAUGGGCUUCCUUCGCAGCUCUGCGUGCCGUGUGUGUUACAGAUACGCCGUUCGCACUUUUUCAAGCUGCAAUGCGAGAGCACCGAAAUAGCUUUGCGGAGCUAUGUGGUGGAUACGAAACAUGUCGAAGCAGGCGAUAGCAGUACACCCACCGUAGAUGGAAAACAGAUGAGAGCAGAGCUCAUCUCCUCAUCGACGGGCGGACCAAAUACUAACGGAAACGAAGUGGAAUCCUCUGUAACCGACAAUGCAAUGCUGCAAAAGUUUUAUUGCCAACAGUGCGCUAAAGAGUUUGAAACGGAGAAAAAGUUACGUCGCCACAUGCGAAGACACUUUACUGAUAAACCACACGCGUGCAACGAGUGCGGUGUAACGUUUCUGGAAAAGUGUAAUUUAAACAGGCACAUGCUUAAGCACACUGGCGAACUGCGAGACAGCAACGCAAAGCCGCACCUGUGCAGCGAAUGUGGCAAAUCGUUCAAAUACGGUACGUCGCUAUCGCGGCACAAAAGAUUCCAUGCCCAGCGCAACCUCUUCGAUUGUCCGAUGUGUUCGAAAUCGUACGUCGAGCAAAGCUCACUGGAUGUGCACAUUCGAACGCACACGAACGAACGUCCAUUUUUGUGUUCCGUCUGUAACAAGGGUUUCUCCCAAAAGGUCAACCUCGAGCGGCACGAGCGGACCCACACCGGUGAAAAACCAUACAGCUGCGAUCUGUGCGGUAAAUGUUUUACGCAGAAAAGCUACCUGUGCGUACACAAGCGAAUACAUCUGGAAGAAAAACCAUUCGGCUGUCCGGACUGUGCCAUGUGCUUCGUUUCGCGCAACGCGCUACUAAAACACCAGCAGAAACCGUGCUCGAUCAAUCCACACCAGUGUAACAUAUGCAAGAAAUCGUUCCGAUACAAAAGUAAACUUCGUUUGCAUAAGCGUACCGAGCAUAUGAAAAACAGAACACUUCAGUGUCCGGUUUGUGAGAUUGAGUUCACCCAAGCGACACAGCUGACUGUACACAUAAAGAUGAACCAUGAAGGUGUGCCCAUAAAGGGUGAGCUAGAAACCAACACUGCGAAGGACAGUUCCGUCAAACAAUCAUCCUGGGGUCGGCAAAGGACUAAUCAAACGGUUGAAAGCAUCGAUUUUGACGAGACAUACCUGGACGAGGAAGAAGGAGAAGAGGAAGAAGAAAUGGAGCUGGAAGAAGAGGACGAUGAAAUCGAGGACAAUGUUAGCAUUCUCGACGAUUACGACGAUGGGGAAGAGGACACGCAUCCUAACGAGGAAUACCUGGUCGAUGCCUUGUCCAAUGUUGGUAGUAUAGUCGAGCAGGAAAACUACGAAGACUUUGUUACAGAGUUUGCUAUCAAGGAAGAACCCUUGCUGGAAAUUAGUAUCAUGAAUCCCAAUGAGGUGAGUUCAGAUAUUGAACAGUGAGUGGAGGAAGGACGCAAAGAAUUGUACAAUUGCUUGCACCCUUGUUUAGGGUAUAGCGCCUAGGUUUAGGUUUUUUUUUGUGAAUUUGUCUUCUUUCUCAUUGCUAUUGUUAUGCAAAAAAAAAGUACAGUCGAUACCCGAACUACGCGGAUAAUGCGAGCCAGAGAAAUCCGCGUGUCUCGAGUUUCCACUAAAAUUUCACACAACACAUUCAAAAUUAAUGUUUAUAUUGUUUUUUUCAAGAAUUACAAUAAAAUGUUAUGAAAUUAAUUUUUGUAAUGAAAUGUAACGUAUUUUUGAAAUUUACAAUUUGAAAAUUUAAUUCUGCAUACAAAAUUCCGUUAAAUGUCAAAUUUGUAAAGUCCGUGUAUCUCCGAAUCCGCGUAACUCGGGAAUUGACUGUGUAUCAUAAAACAACAAUAAACUUCAGACUCAAGUUAUCAAU